CAAGAACUUAGUUAAUUAUCUCCUAUAAAUAAAAUAAAUCCUGAUCUAGUAGCAGGGGGCUGAGCAGACUUGAAGAAGCUAAUAUAAGAUAUGGGUGAUAGAGUUAUGGCGGCUUCAUCGGGAUUGCUUCUUUUGCUUACGGCCGCCAUUGCUGCAGUUAGGGCGGCGCAGGAAGGGGCCUACGGGCCCUCCCCUGACGACGAUAUAAUGAAGGGGCUGAAGAGGAGUGUGAUCUUCAAGCCUGAUUCGGGGGAGAACUGGACUGACACCUAUCCGUGCAACUGGAUAUCUAGUGUGGACUGCAACAAGGAUCACAGUGGGACUCUCCGGGUUACAAUGAUCCGCUUUUGGGGAAUGCUCGAUGGCGGGACGCUGCCGGCCAAUCUAGAAAGCCUGACCGAGUUGGAGGAAUUCGAUGGGUCGUCGAACAACCUCGCCGGGGAGAUUCCCAACUUUGCCGACUCGGUCAGUUAUCUCGGACUUGGCGAUAACCAGUUCACUUCAAUCUCGCCCGGUCUGUUCCACUCCAAGCCCAACCUGAGCGAGGUUGAACUGUCCCACAACGCUCGGCUCGCCCCGUGGGAGAUCCCUCCGGCUCUGAACAACAUAGUAACUUAUGUUCAAUUUUUAAACAUGUGCUACUCUGACAUUACACUGUAGUAACUUUUAGUCAUAUUUGUGUAAAUAAAUUUUAUUUUAGUAAUAUUUUUGGAAAAAACUCAAUAACAUUGGUGGCUCUGAACAACUCUUCGAACCUCCGAUAUUUCCGUGCCGCCUGUUGCAACAUUGGUGGCCACAUGCUAGACUACUUCAACAAAGACACUUUCCCCAACUUAGACACCCUUGACUUGAGCAACAACCACUUAUCCGGGGAUAUACCCGACUUAUCUGACCUCCAAUACUUGGACACGCUGGAUCUUUCUCAUAAUCAGCUGUCUGGCAUUAUCCCUCCAUCCCUUGCAGCUUUGCCCGACCUUACUAAAGUGGAUGUUUCUUAUAAUAAUCUUACGGGCACUGUCCCUGAAUUUCCAUCUAAUGUGACAGUGAAUACAUGUGGGAAUCCCCAUUUAUCCGACGGAAGAUCAGGGGCGCCAUGCAUGUAAGGGAUCGGAGGGCUCAGCAUGCAAUAAUGAUGGUGUUUGUUUCAAAGGUUUCUUACCUUGAAUUGAUCGCACUUAUUCAUCAUUUUUACCCAUUCCAUCUCAUAUACGAACUAUGUCUUGUUUUCCAUACUUAUUACUAAGUAUUAAUUAUUAUCUGUUUUAAAUCAAAGUGACGGGAUAAAUUAAAGAGCUACCCUAUUUGUAAUGGUGCUUUUAAUACCAUACGUAG